AUGCUUGUAAUGAUGAAGAUAGAUCUCAGAAAUCAAUGCUUCGAGAAUAUUAGGAUGAAGAAUACUUCUUUGAUUGGUGGUAACUUUGUACGAUGUAAUUUGAAUGAAUCAGAAUUUGAGAAUGUGGAUAUUAGCGGAGUCAAUUUUAAUGGAGCUUAGAUGUUCAAUUGUAAAUGGAAAAACAUUAAAGUCCAUGAAUUAAAUAAGUUGGAUGGUCAUAGUAAUUGUGUGAAUUCAGCCUGUAUUUCUCCUGAUGGAAAUACAUUAGCUUCUGGUAGUGGUGAUUAGUCUAUCCUUCUAUGGGAUGUCAAAACAGAAUAAUAAAAAGCCAAAUUAGAUGGUCAUAGUGAUUGUAUUAACUCAGUCUGUUUCUCUCCUGAUGGAAAUAUUUUUGCUUCUAGUAGUUGGGAUAACUCUAUCCGUCUAUGGGAUGUUUAGAAUGGAAACGAAAUUUCAUCAACUGACAAAAAAUAUAAAGAUAUUCUUGCUUAUUUUAAAAUACCACUUAAGCAUAGCUCAUUAUUACCCAAUGGUAUUUGUUAUUUAUUAUUAUUUAAGUUGAUCCAGAUCAUACAAUACUUAGAAUUUGUUAGAAUCCUUUAUUAGAAGCAUCAGGUACACUUAUCUUAUAAGGAGAAUUUAUAAAACAUUAAGGAAAAGAUUUGAAACCUUUAUUAAAAUCAAAAGGUAGUUAUAUCUUGGAGAACUAAUUAACAAAAUAGAAUAAUGACCAAUUCAUAUUAUCAUGA